CACGGCUGCCCAGGAAGAGGAAUUUGUAGGUCUCCUAUAUGACAAAAACACGGCGUGCACUGAUACAGAACAAGGAGGACGGUGACCCAGAGAAUGAUGGGGGCCCUAAUUCCUAUCCAGUCUACCUGAUGGAGCAGCAGACUCUUGGCACAGGCCAGAUCGCUUCCCCACGAUGGCCACAGCUUGGAUUCAGGCACUUUACUUUCCAACAACUAAGAAGAUCAAGAUGCAGAAAGGAAACAGUCUCCUUAAGUAUUGGUUACUACUGCAUCUCCUACUUUUAGAAACCGGAUUAUCAACAGGUGAAACAACCACAUCAGGUGAGAAUAAACACAGCACAAUCUCUGGAGGGAUGAGCACACUUGUCAAUACUGGAUUUAGCACAACCUCUGGUGGAACAAGUAUAGUCUCCAACACUGGAUCUAGUGUGACCUCUAGUGGAACCAGCACAGCCUCCAGCACUGAAUCCAGUGUGACCUCCAGUGGGGCCAGCACAACCUCCAGUACUGAAUCUAGCACAGCCUCCGGAGGGACCAGCACAGCCUCCAGCACUGAAUCCAGUGUGACCUCCAGUGGGGCCAGCACAACCUCCAGUACUGAAUCUAGCACAGCCUCCGGAGGGACCAGCACAGCCUCCAGCACUGAAUCCAGUGUGACCUCCAGUGGGUCCAGCACAACCUCCAGUACUGAAUCUAGCACAGCCUCCGGAGGGACCAGCACAGCCUCCAGCACUGAAUCCAGUGUGACCUCCAGUGGGUCCAGCACAACCUCCAGUACUGAAUCUAGCACAGCCUCCGGAGGGACCAGCACAGCCUCCAGCACUGAAUCCAGUGUGACCUCCAGUGGGUCCAGCACAACCUCCAGUACUGAAUCUAGCACAGCGUCCGGAGGGACCAGCACAGCCUCCAGCACUGAAUCCAGUGUGACCUCCAGUGGGUCCAGCACAACCCCCAGUACUGAAUCUAGCACAGCGUCUGGAGGGACCAGCACAGCCUCCAGCACUGAAUCCAGUGUGACCUCCAGUGGGUCCAGCACAACCUCCAGUAUUGAAUCUAGCACAGCCUCCGGAGGGACCAGCACAGCCUCCAGCACUGAAUCCAGUGUGACCUCCAGUGGGUCCAGCACAACCUCCAGUACUGAAUCUAGCACAGCCUCCGGAGGGACCAGCACAGCCUCCAGCACUGAAUCCAGUGUGACCUCCAGUGGGUCCAGCACAACCUCCAGUACUGAAUCUAGCACAGCCUCCGGAGGGACCAGCACAGCCUCCAGCACUGAAUCCAGUGUGACCUCCAGUGGGUCCAGCACAUCCUCCAGUACUGAAUCUACCACAGCCUCCGGAGGGACCAGCACAGCCUCCAGCACUGAAUCCAGUGUGACCUCCAGUGGGACCAGCACAGCCUCCAGCACUGAAUCCAGUGUGACCUCCAGUGGGUCCAGCACAACCUCCAGUACUGAAUCUAGCACAGCCUCUGGAGGGACCAGCACAGCCUCCAGCACUGAAUCCAGUGUGACCUCCAGUGGGGCCAGCACAACCCCCAGUACUGAAUCUAGCACAGCCUCCGGAGGGACCAGCACAGCCUCCAGCACUGAAUCCAGUGUGACCUCCAGUGGGUCCAGCACAACCUCCAGUAUUGAAUCUAGCACAGCCUCCGGAGUGACCAGCACAGCCUCCAGCACUGAAUCCAGUGUGACCUCCAGUGGGGCCAGCACAACCUCCAGUACUGAAUCUAGCACAGCCUCCGGAGGGACCAGCACAGCCUCCAGCACUGAAUCCAGUGUGACCUCCAGUGGGUCCAGCACAUCCUCCACUGCCAACACUGCAUCCAGUGCAACCACAGGAGGCUUUAGCACACAUUCUCCAACUGGAACACAUACAACUUCCCAUAGGGUUGGCACGAGUGCUACUACUCCAGUGAAUGAAAUGAUACCCAGUGGGUCCCUGAAACCAUGGGAAAUCUUCCUCAUUACUCUGGUCUCAGUUGUAGUGACUGUGGGAUUCUUUGCUGGGCUCUUCUUCUGUGUGAGAAACUCCCUGUCCCUGAGAAACGUCUUUGACACAGCUGUCUACCACCCCCAUGGCCCCAACCUUGGCAUGGGCCCUGGAGGGAAUCAUGGAGUCCACCACAGGCCUAGCUGGAGCCCUAACUGGUUCUGGAGGAGACCAGUAUCUUCAGUAGCCAUGGAGAUGAGAAGGGGAUACAAUGGGCCCUGAAUGGCCCCUGAAUCCAGAGUGCCACCUUUUUCAAGGAGGAAGCCAACCAGGGAGACCAGGGAUCUGAGUGUCCUUUUAUUUGUCCUCAGGAGUCCCCUCCCAGUUUUGUCUGGGUCUCUGACAGCCCUGGGGAAGACAUUCCCUGUCUCUUGCUUUUACUAAACUGUGGAAAGCGGACAUUCUAUUGGUCAAUUAUCUAAGAAAUAAACACAUCCAAAAUUCAUGAUGGAAUCUUGUAUGCACAUGAGUGAAUGUCUACAGUGCUGAGUUGAA